UCAAAAUGUUUCAGUAGUGAUUUAAUUUCACAACAGUGACAAACCUGGGGGCUUAGGGCACAGUGUUGUUACCUGGCUGUCACCAAUGAUGGCUAGUUAGGGAGAUGUGGAUGUUGUUAUGCCGGGUGCUUUUUGUGCGUGCAGUGACUGCGUAUCACUGCAGCCUAUCACAUGUUCUUCCUGUUUUACUCUUAGUCAUCUUUGGAUUUGUGUGUUGGCCCGUUCACAUUUACUCAACUAAACUUUUACUCUGGACGACAGUACAGAUAUAUAGCCAGAUACCCCUUUAUCAGGAUAUGUCUGGGUGUUUCCUCUCACACAUAAAUGUUCUGUGAAGGUUUGACACACAUCUUGAACCUCGGAGUCUACAACACUGGAAACUGAAGGGUCUACAAUGAAUGCAACAGCGGCAGAAGGUUUGCUGGUGGAGUUUCUGGAGGAGCUUUCUCUGAAAGAGCUGCACACGUUUCAGACCAUCCUACAGCAGCAGCACUGUCCUGAGAAGAAGGGUGAAAAGGAGGACGCCCGCUCUGUGGUUCAAUUCCUGAUGAACAAGUCUGGCUCUGCUGAAGCCGUAAACAUUGCUGUGUCGAUCUUAGAAGAAAUUAAACUCAACCAGCUCGCCCUGCAACUGAGAGAAUGUUAUGACAAAGAGAAAGACCAAAGUUUCAGAGACAAAGAGUCGUUCCCAUCUGAGGAAUCCACUGAGUUAUUUAAACCAGAUGUACGAGACGUCAUGGAGACCCCAGCCCAUAGUGACCGUCAAUCCAAAAGUCCACUGACAAAAUACCCGUCCUCUAUCUACCCUCCAUCUUUAGGGUACUGCGGAGGCACUGAGACAGAUUUUGUGUCAUAUAUACGUGCAGUGGGCCAAACAAACACUAGAUACAGGUCACACUACAGCUUCAACUUCAAACAUGCGGGCAUGUUUCAGUGCUGCUUCACUGGUCUGGUGUUUAAGAUGACGAGUGCUGGUCUGGUGGAGUACCACCACGUGCCCUGGGAUCAAAAAGGGCAGGGGGUGGCAGCCGGGCCUCUCUAUGAUAUUGAAUGUCCUGACGGGUCUCUCUGCCAGCUGGGCCUGCCACACUGUGAUGUUGUGUCUGCCAGAAGCAAUGAGUCUCUCUCAGUCAUCCACGCCAGCCUCAAGAAACCAGUGGAGAGCCUCAAGCCUCUGUUGAUGUCUGACUCGCACCUGUUUGUUGACAUCAGUACAUGCUCCAAAUUUGGGAUUCAGACAAGCUUGCCUCUAACACCCCAGAAAGUGCUUGUCAAGCUCUCCCUUCAGGGCUCAACACUGAAUGUCAUGUUGUUGCCAAGGAAUGCUAUCCUCCGUGAGGUGAGAGAAUGGAGACAGAGGAUGAUCGCACCUGAGACAGAGAUCUUCAUAGAAACAGGAUUUUACUGCAGUCUUACCCCAGGUGAACGGUACACUCUGUCCUGUGAAGGCGCUGCAGCUGGUGGAAUUGACCCUCAGGAAGCGGAGUUCUCCCUGCAGUACGACAGCUACCAGCCAACAUUUAGAGUGAGUUUAGCCAACAGAAGGGAGGUUCAGCUUGGUCUAAGAGAAAACGCAGCAGAUCAACAAGUCUGGGACUGUCAUGUCAAACUUCCAGACACAGAACUCCUUGAGGGGGAUGAGCUCAGUGAGUACAACUUCAGUAGUGGCUAUCCAGUUGAGUGUUUGAUCAUCAACAAUGUCAGGUUUCCCAAUGGAGAGCGAAAAGGAUCCGAUAUUGAUGCAGCUGCACUGCAUAAUGUGUUCAACUGGCUUGGCUUCAGAGUGACUAUAAUGGAAGACCUGGGGGCGGCCGAGAUGAGGCAACGACUUGGCAUGAUAAGUCAGUCAGUGCGGGGGCACUGCUUCGUGUGCUGUGUACUCAGCCAUGGCAACGAGAAAGGAGUUUUUGGGAUUGAUCAUGAAAUCAUUACAGUCAAGGAAAUAAACUCUCUGUUUUCUCCGCAAAACUGUCCUGCUUUGGCCAACAAGCCCAAAGUGUUCUUCUUCCAGGCGUGUCGAGGAGGCCAGAGAGACCAUGUGCUUCAGGUACCCGCAGCGAGAGCAGAGGUGCAGGUGGACGCUGGAGAAAUUGAUGUCCCUGACAGAGUGAUCAUCUCAACACCGGCUCACUCCGACAUCCUUAACUGCCUGUCCACAGUCGAAGACUACGUCUCAAUCAGAAGCAGGACAAAAGGCUCUUGGUUCAUCCAGUCUGUUUGUAAACAGCUGAGACAUGGCUGCACCAGGAAUGAUGAUAUUCUGACCGUUCUCACUCGAGUGAAUGCUGAAGUCAGCGGGUUAGAGGGCCGGAUUGGCCGAAACACUGUGAAGCAGAUCCCUGAGGAGAGGCACACUAUGAGGAAGAAGCUUUACUUCCGGGUGCCCAAGCAUGUUGAAUGAGCCGCAGAUAAAUGGACCCGCCAGCCAAAGCAUCUAUCCUAAUGCAUUUCAGGCUUAGGCCAUGUUGUUGUUGUGUUCAUAUCUAAUAAUAUUCAUAUUAAAGGCAGGCUAAUCAUA